CAGAGAUCACCGGGGUCUGCCCGGUAUAUAAAGACAUCCAUCCAUUUCCCGACCAUGGCCACUCCCUCCUCUUCCCCCUCCUCAUCCUCCUUAGGCCGUCGCCCAGCUAGAAUGACCUUUGAAAAGGCGGAUGAAGGUCUACCACCACCACCGGCAGUGGUACUUCGAGAGGAGCAUCCAAAUCCCAUGGCAGAUGAAGUUACCUUGCGACGGCUCUCCAAUAUCCCCCGUUUGUUCCGCUACGAAGAUGACAAGCCACCUGAAGCCACCGGCUUGGCCAUGGACGUAUUUGCUCGGGCCACCAUUCUCAUGUCCAGCAUAUUUCUAGGACCAGCUUUAUUGGAACUUGCAGCGCAAGCUGUCGAAGAAAAUUGUGAUUCUACCUACGCGAAACAAGAAGAAGUAGAAUGCUGUAUGGAAGAUGGCCGUAUCUAUGGCUUCCGACCCUCGUCUCUUCUCAGCAAUAUUGCUGUUGUCUCGGGAGUACUCGUGUCAUUGGCCAUGCCGCUUUGUGGUGCCUUGGUGGAUCACACGCCUCAUCGAUGGCUCGCAGGUGCUGCGUCGGCCGCUGGACUGGUAGUCGUCAUGGCUACGGAAACCAUGGUGUCCUCCAAGACGUGGUUUGCCGUGGCGUGUCUUCAAGUCAUCAAAUCUCUUUUCUACAAUGGUCACUUGACCGUUACUCUGUCCUAUACUUCCGACUUGACCACAGACGCUGCACAACAAACAGCCUACAACACGUAUUUUGUGGUAGUACUCUACAUUGCAACUCUGCUCUUUUUGGUCUGGGUCACAGUCAUGUCCUAUGUCUUGAAUCAGGAUGAUGUUGGGACGGCACGCAUUAGUCAAGUGACAACCACCUGUACAUCGGGCACCGUCUUUUACUUUGGUUGGAAAUGGUUCUUUCGACAACGAGAGGCACUCAGUGUAGUGCCAGAGGGAAUGACCUUGCUGUCGGUGGGAUUUCGCAAAGUAGGUCGGACGUUUGCUCGUAUUGUACGAGAAUUGCCUGCCUUGAAAUGGAUGAUUUUUGCCGUCAUGUUUGGAGAAGCGGCGACCGGGACUCUCAUCACAGUGGCAACGACGUAUAUGAAACAAUUCCUACAAAUGGAUUCCAGCGAAAUUGGUUUGACAUUUCUCGCUGUACUCAUAAUGGGGGGACCUGGCAGUCGAUUGGGAGGAUGGAUUGCCUUGAAAUUCAAUCCCAUCAUCUCUGCGGCAAUCUGCAACAUUGUCUUUAUCCUUGUCACCACUCUGGCGGCAUUGACAUUGAAUGGACCCGACAAGAAGGCUUACAUGCCCAUUCCGGGUUUGAUUUGGGGACUUUGUUUGGGGUGGCUCUUGCCCAUGCACUCGACGGCAUUCAUCACCAUUGUCCCACGAGGACAAGAAGCUGAAAUGAUGGGACUGUAUAUUCUUGCAGGACAGUCAUUGAGCUGGCUUCCGCCCAUGGUUUUCACAGCGUUGAAUGAAGCUGGUGUCGACAUGGCAGUUGGACUGGCCUCGCUCGAUAUAUUCUUUUUCUGUGCCACACUAUGCCUCAUCAUGGUCCUUGUGGCCAACAAAAACCGAAAGAGCCUUGUGGAUCCCAUUGAAACUGCCUAUGAACGACAACCUACCUAUGAUUCAACAGCUACAUUACCGUCAACAACAUCAUCCCUGGAACCGGGCGUUGUCGUGGAAAUGCAUGACAUGGAGCCACAGGGGAUGCAGCAUCGCAAUCGCAAUGGCUAUUCACUGCCAAGCAUGACAUGAAGUGAAACCACAGAACCACCAGACUGCUGACCAACAGGUACUGCCAGUAUGAGUGUCUCUAGGCUGUUCACAGGACAAGCAUGGAGACCCGUCACAGAAAACGACGGCGCUUAAUGAGCCUUCGUCUGUCAACUUGAUGGCAUCUAGCCCUUCUCGGAAUGUGGAGUCAACAUGCCUACAAGGGUCCCUUUUGAACCAAGAGAGGACCGCCAAGGUACAUGCCAUACAACGGCGCGCCAUAGAGAAUGGCAGGGGUAGAGCACCGUUGACCAUCGUACUUCUUUUCCCUUCAGUGGGUUUCAGCAUGACAGGAGCUACAGCACAGAACAGCAAGCGGGAACACAUACAUCUAAUGCACCGGCUUCGCGGUGGAGUACACGUAAGAUGCACAACGCGUCCUAUCCAAUGAAGGGCUGCAAUCCGAAGAAUGCUUUAUUAUUGAUAUGAUAGAGCUAGCUAGUUACCUACUUGCUGUUUGUACUUUCUUUUGAGCCAGCCAAUCCUUCCCGAAGACGUGCCUUCCCAUUGCCGUGGUGUAUGUAGCUGCUUUAAAUAUAUAUGUAGGUUAUAUGCGAUAGUGGCUGUGGUGCACUUGUUGGUAGAGUACUCGUUGAAAUUUCUACCUCGGCGGCAUGUGACACCUUCGUUCAAGGAUCCAUUCACAUGAUUCUUGAUACCGUACAAUGCAAGCCAGGACCUUGCAAUACGGUAGCUAUCCGCAAGCACCUAUUCUUUUGGCACUGCAAAAGCCUCGGAAGCAGCCGCCAGAACUUCUUCCUUUCUGUCAUCCGGGAUGUGCUUUAGAAAGUCCGCUGCCAAACUUUUGGCAUCUCGCAGCAGCAGUAGCUCUCGUUGGUUGAACAAUGGAACCAGAACUUCCCGAAAGACCAGUGUACUCCCAUCAGUCAUUGGUAGCAUGAGGUAAAGGUUAGCUGCCAAGACUGCCACGUAGAGUCCCUUGAAACUGCCGAUAAACUUUUCGACUCCAAUCAUUCCAAGGUUGAGCAAUCCAAAGCAAGGCCAGUAGGUGAGCCACUUCAUGGUUUCCUUCCCAACAUCUUUGGUGGUGGUGAGUGCCAUGAUGGUUGCAGCCACGGGAAAGAUGGUCCCGACCGACAGGCAAGCCACACGCUUGACCAUGGCGGGUAGAGACAUGAAGAUGAAGGA